AUGUCGCCCUACAGGCUCAUUUUUGGCAAGAUGUGCCACCUCCCUGUCGAGGUUGAGCAUAAAGCUUAUUGGGCAAUCAAAGAGAUGAACAUGAAGCCUCAGGCCUGUGAGGAGGAGAGAAAGCUUCAACUGCAAAAGCCGGAGGAAUUAAGACUUGAGUCGUAUGAUGUCGCGAUGUGGCACAAAGAGAAAACCAAAUUAUGGCACGAUAAAAACCUUCGGGUCAAGGAACUGCAAGUUGGCCAUACAGUGCUGCUAUUCCAAUCAAGGCUCAAACUGAUGCCCGGGAAGCUAAAGUCCAAGUGGAUCGGACCCUACACAAUCGCUAGCCUCCGAGCUAAUGGAGCCGUGGAAAUUCAGGGAGUCACCCCUAACUCUAUCCCGUUUCUUGUUAAUGGUCACAGGGUCAAGGUAUUAAGGGAUAGUUCAUAG